UUGACAUUGUUGCGUUCUGCCCACCAUCCAGCAUAAAUGAUGGAAUUGGGGGCAAGGCAAUUAUUGCUAAGAAAGAUUUCCUUGGUCUGCUUCUGAUAGCAUAUUUGGAUCUCUAGUUAACCACAUGCUUGAUAUUUAUCCUGAUUUCCACAGCAAGUUUAGAAUUUUGGAGAACCUUUCUUUAUGGUUAUUUGUGAGGAUGAGACCUUAUCUUCUAUUAAAGAAAGUUUACAGAAAAAGCUUAAGGUCUCAGAUGAGGAUUUCUCCAAGUGGAAAUUUGCAUACAUAUCCCUUGGUUGCCCAGACUAUUUUGAAGAUUCUGACACUUUAGCCACGAGAUUUCAGAUAAACAUGUAUGGAGCUUGGGAGCAGUAUCUUGGACUGGAGCACCUAGACACAGCGCCAAGAAAGGCACAUAGUGCUAACCAGAACCGCCAUUCAUUUGAGAGGCCUAUAAAGAUCUACAACUAGAUAGUUGUGAGAAGCAGGAGCGACGUCCUGCCAUGCAAUACCACAAAGCAAGUGGCUGAAAGUGAAAUUGCUGGCUUUAAUAAAUUGUGUACCAUAUGAUGGCAGGACUGGUUUCUCAAGUUAAUGACGGAGCCUAUAGUCGAUUGAAGGGUGUUUUCCUUGAGAGUGGAACCUCAGAGGUAAUAAAAUACGGACAACACCUUCGACAUGGCAAUAUCUUCUUGCAACUUCUAUUGAACUUAAUACCAAGAUAGUAGCCAUUCUUUCAACUUUUGG